AUGAUCGAAGCUGUCAAGCAAGGAAGAGUUGAGUUUGUUACCGAUAUACUGAAAGCAUGUCCUGGCCUUGUGUGGUGUAUCGAAAAAUCCAAGGAUCAACACAUAUUUAUGGUUGCCGUUCUAUGCAGAUCUCCUGCAAUGAACCUAUCAUUUACUAUGGUAGAUCGCGAUAAAAAUAACAUAUUACACUUCGCAGCGAUGUUAGAACCUUCCGCUAGACUUAAUACGGUUCCAGGAGUAGCUUUUCUUAUGCAAAGAGAAGUACAAUGGUAUAAGGAGGUGGAGAGCAUUGUCCAUCCUUCCAUUUUAGAAGGUACAAACACAAAUGGUAAAAGACCUCGAGAAUUGUUUACAGAAAGCCAUAAAGAGUUGGUUAAAGAAGGAGAAAAAUGGAUGAAGGGGACAACAUCUUCUUGUACAGUGGUAGCUGCUCUGAUUGUUACCAUUAUGUUUACAACAGCAAUUACUGUUCCAGGUGGCAACAAACAAGAUUCAAGCAUGCCAACCUUCUUAAAUGAGAAGGUUUUUAUGGUCUUUAUAAUAUCUGAUGCUCUAUCUCUGCUUUCUACUUCAACCUCAUUGUUGAUGUUUCUUUGCAUCCUCACAUCACGUUAUGUAGAGGAAGAUUUCCUUAUAUCCUUACCCAAAAAGAUGAUAGUAGGCCUUUCCACCCUUAUCCUCUCUAUAGCAACAAUGAUGAUAACUUUUUGGACAAACGAGGGAAUCAACAUCUUCUAUACCACACUCCCUAUACCACUUUGUGUUCCACAAAUAAAAACCUAA